UUCGAGGAAGCACAGCUCGCAUACGUCUCCAUCUUCGGGUCUAGGCGUGGCUUUCAGAUGGGUGUGGUUCCUUGUGCGGGGAGUUUUCCUUCUACAGUAAGUCGACUUGGUUGAGGUUCUGUGAGGCAGGACAGCUCUAUGAUCAAGGACAAUGGGUCUCGUGCAGCUGCUGAAGUCCCAGUUCUUGUCCCAUCUGAUAAUCUGCUAUGUGUUCCUGGUCAGCGGCAUCAUCGUCAACCUGUUGCAGAUCUGUACUUUACCUCUGUGGCUGGUCAAUAAGCAGCUGUUCCGCAGGAUCAACAUCAAACUGGGCUACUGCAUCAGCAGCCAGCUGGUAGUUGCCCUGGAUUGGUGGUCUGGGACAGAAUGCACGCUCUACACAGACCCAAAGAGUUCUCAACUGUAUGGAAAAGAGAACGCAAUAGUGCUUCUCAAUCACACAUAUGAGAUUGACUUCCUGUGUGGCUGGAGCUUCUGUGACAAAUUCGGAGUUCUUGGGAGCUCAAAAGUGUUAGCCAAGAAAGAGCUGAGUUAUGUACCUGUUAUUGGCUGGAUGUGGUAUUUCCUGGAGAUAGUUUUCUGCAAGAGGAAGUGGGAGGAGGACCGAAGGACGGUGGCUCAGAGUCUUCAGAACCUAAAGGAUUACCCCAAAAGUUUCUGGUUCUUGCUUUUCUGUGAAGGAACACGCUUCACACCAAAGAAACAUGAGAUCAGCAUGCAGGUGGCUGAGAGCAAAGGUUUACCCAAACUGAAGUAUCAUCUUUUGCCGAGGACCAAAGGAUUCUGGGUAACUGUCCAAAACCUCAGAGGGACUGCUGCAGCUGUUUAUGACUCUACGCUGAACUUCAGAAACAACAACGUGCCAACCUUGCUCGGAGUUCUAAACGGGAAGAAAUAUCACGCAGAUUUAUAUGUGAGGAGAAUCCCUCUAGAGUCGAUCCCAGAGGAUGAGGCAGAGUGUGCUGCUUGGCUCCACAAACUCUUUCAGGAAAAGGAUAGCUUUCAGGAGCACUACACACAGACAGGGCGUUUCCCCGGCCCCACAGUGAAACCUCCAAGCCACCCCUGGGCCUUGAUCAACUGGCUUAUCUGGGCCUGCUUGCUCAUCUACCCUCUCGGCCUGCUAGUGGCCCAGCUGAUCAGCUCUGGAUCGAUGAUGACCAUCUUAGCUUCUGUGGCUCUCUGCACUGCAGCAGAUUUGACAACUCCAAUUUUCACUCGGAGUUCGCUGGAUGAUUGGCCAGACUGAGAUUGAACGAGGCUCAAGCUAUGGGAAUAAGGAGGUUAAUCUAAACAACAACUAAAGACUUCUGGCCUGCUUGGAGCUGCUUCUUUGCACUGCUACUUAUCUGCGAGCUGCCAGCAGCAGACUGUGUAAAUACGGGUCUGACAGCAGUGUUCCAACAAGUGCAAACCUGUUUGGAAGCACAGUGCAGACAGCAUAGUCUUGUUGUUACCGCUAUGCUGCAGAAGCUCAAGGUGUGUAAGAUCAUGACUCAUGGACUGUGGUGAGCAGCUGCCUUUGGUACACCAAUGAUAAGAACGUGAGGCCAGAUGAACUACAGCUUCACUACAUUCACCUUAAAUCAAAGUGCAAAUAUUUAAAUACAGCCAAGACGGACAUUUUUGCUGGUAACUCAAACUGGAAUUAAAAUUCAACCAAGUGUAUAAUGGACUACCUCUCUGAUUGUAAUGUAAAGCAUUAAUGGCAUUUUCAUGUUGGAAGAAAAUACACAUUUCACUUUUUAAAAAA